AAGCAGUAAAAGCCCAAUAUGGCAGAAGCGGUCGGUCUUGCGCGGUAACUAAAUCAACAUUUCAACUAACACACUGUCAUAUUCAACACUAAUCAGCACAAGACCGCAGCGAUGAGGGAAAGACAGAAGAAAAAGAAGGGGAGGACAUGGGCAGAAGCUGCUAAAACGGUAUUAGAAAAGUACCCCAACACACCUAUGAGCCACAAAGAGAUCCUACAGGUGAUCCAGAGGGAGAGACUGAAAGAGAUUAGUGGUACUUCCCCGCUGGCCUGUCUCAAUGCUAUGCUCCACACCAACUCUCGUGGUGAAGAAGGGAUCUUCUACAAAGUUCCUGGACGAAUGGGGGUCUACACACUGAAGAAGGACAUUGGGGACGUGGUGAAGGAGCUGUCUGAGGAGGGAUCCGAGGAGGACGAUAGUGAUAAUUUGUCUGAUUCCCAGAGCACAGAGAACAACAAUUACACUAACAACCAGGAGGGCAUGAGGGGACAAUGGAGGAGGAGAGCUCCAUCAAAGCAAAUGCUAUCAAAAGACCCCAAAAGACCCAAGUCCAAGGAUAACAGCUACGUGCCCUCCACGCUGCCAUCUGAUCCGUCGUCUCCUCAGCCACGUUGUUCAUCUCCCUCUGUCCCCAGUAGCAAGCUCAUCUCUCCCUCACAGAAACACAGCAAGAAGGCACUCAAACAGGCCCUGAAGCAGCAGAGGAACCAGCGGAGACAGGGGGGCAUGCCCACCACCUCCAGCCCAAGGCUGCUCAUCAAGAACGUGAAGGACAUGGCUGACACCAUUGCCACUAAGACCGACUCCUGUCCUGCUUCUGGUACCAGGAAGAUGUCUCAGAGGUCCAGUCGACUCAGUGCACGGCAACUGAAGCGUACCAAGUGUGCAGAGAUAGAUGUUGAGACACCAGACUCUAUCCUGGUUAACACCAACCUGCGUGCCCUGAUCAACAAACACACCUUCUCUGUCCUGCCCACAGAGUGCCAACAGAAGCUACUCACACUACUGCCUGAGGUCGACCAACAGGCCUGUAUGGAUGGUCUGUUAAAGGUCACCAGUUCUGCCUUGAACAAUGAGUUUUUCACAUCAGCAGCUCAGUCCUGGAAGGAACGACUGGCAGAAGGUGAGUUCACUCCUGAGUUGCAGCUGAGAAUGCGUCAGGAAAUUGAGAAGGAGAAGAAGGUGGAGUAUUGGAAGGAAAGUUUCUUUGAGAGCUACUAUGGUGAAAACUCUGGACUCAGCUUAGAGGAAUCCAAAGAGCUGCUUGAGUCUGGUCUCAGUCUGGAACUCUCAGCCACCAAACCCCAGUUGUCUCCUCCAACACAGCCAAGUCCUGCUGGCCAAGCACUGCAAGAUCCCAAGGUCCCUGAGAACAGCUGCCAUACUCGUUCGUCAGAGAGGAGGCUCCGAUCAUCAUCACUGCCUAUAAACCCUACAUCUAAACCCAUAGAACCUCCAUCUAAACCCAUAGAACCUCCAUCUAAACCCAUAGAGCUUUCCAAGCCAAGACCGGAACCAGAGCCUGUUCACGAUGAACCAGUACCAGUCCCACCCAUUGUCCCACCAGUUAUAUUACCGAAAAAUGUACAGAAGACACUGGAGGUUGAGUACCCCAGACACAGGACUCGUAGCAGAGGUUUAUCCCUGCCUAUAAUGGCAGUGGAGGCACCUGUUGUCCGGAGGCAGGAUGUGGAGGACUCAACCUUAAUGGUUACUCCACUUGGGGAGAAGCAGAUGGAGGAAGAGGAACAGAAGCUGAAAGAAGCUCAGCCGGAGACCCCCCAGUCCCCUGAGAUCCCACAGUCCCCUGCCCUGGAGAGUCCUCCAGAGGUUUGCUCCCAGACGAAGCUCAGAUCAUCACUGCCGUCCGACCUUUCAAAGCCAGAGCCUCUGGGCUUGGACGAGCACAGUGGGGAGAGGAGGGAAGAUGUUGCGCAAGAGAGAGGCGCCUCGGUGUCAGUCACCCCCAUAUCCACCCCUCUAUCCACCCCCGUAUCCACUCCUCUAUCCACCCCUCUAUCUACUCCUGUAUCCACCCCUCUAUCCACCCCUGUAUUUACCCCCAUAUCCACCACCCCAUCCCCAGAGCCGUUGAAAAGGAAGUCCUCAUCCAGUGAACAGGAAGUAGAGCUGACUCCAGAGAAGAGGGCACGCAUCACUCCACCGACAGUAUCUGUGGUAACAUCUCCAGCAGCCACCAUAACAACAGCUCAGAGAGUGCCUCCGCUUAAGAUUCCUGUGUCACGAAUCCUAUCAGUCCCUGCAUCUCCAACCCAGGUGUCCCCCAGGACCCCUGUACCGCUCAGCCCUGGUCCCAGCCCCGGACGCACUGGUGCUCGCACUCUGGCUGACAUCAAGGCUAAAGCCCAGCUAGCCCGGGCCCAGCGUGCAGCAGCAGCUGCUGCAGCCAGCUCCUCCUCUAAAGGUGCAGUACCAGGCCCAGGACCAGGAGGAGGCAUUGUAGAGCAUAGAGCUUCAGCCCAGACCCUCCACUCCAGGCCCCCCUGCUCCACCCAGUCUCAGUCAACCACCAGGCUGCCAGUAAGUAGCAUCACUGGUCAAUCUACCUGUCAAUCACCUGAUGCAGUCACCACACCAGCCCACUCCAGUUCGGUCCAAUCAUCAGGCUCCUCUGUACCCUUUGACCUUAGUCUGUCUCAAAGAAGCUCCAACACCGGUAGAGCGUCUCUCACUGAUUACCAACAGAGAGGUUACUCCGAUGGUCUGAUGAACCCAUGUUCUCUGAUGGGACCUCAACAUGGGAACAUUCAACAUACGUCAUACCCACCAGGUCCCCAGUCAACCUCUAGCUACACUUCAUCUGUGUGUGGUGUGAAGAGCCAGUGUGUAUCUGGAAGCUCCAUGGCAGCCAGGGCUAGCCACUUUAAUCCAGCCAACAACCCUCUGGUCACAUCUCUCCUCCAGGGGAAAGAGGUCCCUCUGGAACAGAUCCUCCCCAAGCCUCUGGCCAAGGCCGAUGUCCAGAUGUCCCAGGCCAAACCCUCCCAUGAUGACAAAGGGACGAUAAAGUCCCACAGCACUGCUGGAACAGCCAGUGGUGAGAAUAAGAGCCAAUACCUACACGCUGGUGGUGUGGAGGACUACAGUAGAUCUGAACAGCAAGGAUCCAUAGGCCAGUCCACUUCCACCAUACCUGGAACAAGAGCAGGUAUGUUGGCAGAGCUCCAGCACCAUCAAAGGGAAACACCUAACAAAGACAUCCAGGAACAAAUCCUUCAGGCUCUGAUGCACAGGGCCACGCACCAGCACCAGAACCAGCCAUUUGGGGUCUCGGGUGGAGCUCAGCCUGCCCAGUUCGGAGCUUGUAAUCUAUGGCACCAGGAGUGUGGGGACCGUCCCCGGUUCUCCGCGGGGUUCCCUGGACGGAAGAGGAUGUCCAGGCCUGCCAUGUCAGGGCACUACCUCCUCAAUGUCUCCACAUACGGACGAGGCUCAGAGAGCAGUAAACGCUUCCACCCAUUGACCACCGUUAACACCUCACUGACCCCACUGGCCAAUCUGAAGAGAGAGCACAUCGGGGUGGAGAGGCUGGCUAACGAAGGGGAGGAGUCAGUGGAGAAUAAGUCUCAUUCUCACCCUGCUGGAGUCAAGAUGGAAGAGCAGUGCUUCUCAGUCACAAAAAUGGAUGAAACUCUGGGCUUUCAACACUGCUCCAGAAUAAUGUCUGAGUCUCCAUCAGUGGGGGGCUGUAUACCAGAGCAGGAGGACAACAGCUCAGCCGGUACAGAUAGAGACAGUGGCACUUCUGCAAGAGCCAAAGAAACCAAACCUUUCACCCACUCACAAACACAGCACAGGAGGCACCCGGAACUCUGCAAUACUAAACAGGGUGGUCAUUCCGAGCAAUAUCGUUUAUCUGUAUCUCCCCACGUGGGGACCAUGGACCCCACUCACCCCAGUACUCACCAGCGUCCGUCUGCCUUUCAAACUCAGAGACCUCCAAUCGAUAAUCAGGAAUCCAUUUUGGGUUCCUGCUACGGUGGCACCAUCAGCAUGUCUGUACCUCACGCUCUGAAUCACAAUGCUGCUGCUUCAGGCACCGCUUCUAGCUCCUCCCCCUCUGUGUCAGGUAGUGGUGGGGACAGCGGCAGUGGCACCGGCAGUGUCAUGUCUUUCUCAGUGACCGUCACCACCAUACCUGCCGGUCACCCGUUGGACCACAGCAGCCAGGGGGAGGGGUCUCCAGAGCAGGGGUUUAUGGAGGGAUCUGGUAUAGAGGACGUUCAGUCUAAAUGCUACUGCCGACUCAAGGCUAUGAUCAUGUGUAAAGGGUGUGGGGCUUUCUGCCAUGACGAUUGCAUUGGCCCUUCGAACCUCUGUGUCUCGUGUCUAGUGGUACGAUAAAACUACUAAUAAUGUAGUGCUGAGCGAAUAACUAUUAUUUUUCGUCGGUUCAAUUAUUUGAAUUGCAUUUCUGUUAGUUCUAUGCAGUUUCUGUAGAGUUACAUCAGAUCAAGCCUGAAACUGUGCGAUGUAGUAGGAAGUUGUAGUUCCUAACAGGACAAUGUUCUACAUAGUUUAGCGCCGAAAACCUGCUAAUAACUACGUACGGUCUGUGUGGAGCAAGACACGGGGAGGAGAGAGAGCGCGCGAUCGAGAGAGAUCGAAGGCAGUCGCUUCGCGAGCAUGAAAAUAUAUGAUCUAAGUGUUUGAUAGUUGGUAUUUAGCGGUCAUAAAAGUAUGCCUUAUUUACUUUGAAGAACUACUAAAUAGUGAUUUUUGUUGUACAGCAUAGGCAGCAGCUCUAUAUGAGAUGAUGACUCGGAAUGAAGUAAAAAAAUAUAUUAAAAAAUCAUCAAAUAAAACAAAUAUUUUAUUAAAGUAAUGUGAAUAAAUGAUGGUUAAUAAGUGAUACGCAACAAUGGCCAGUCAUUACCAUCGUGUGACUUUUAUUAAUUGUUUUAUUCUGUGUUACAGCAUUCAACCCACAUAAUGUAUAGUGCAUUUAAUGUUUAAAAAGAUCAUCAAAAUUGAAAAAUGUAUAUCUUUUUUUUAACAUUAUGAACCAAAACCAAACCGACUUCAAAAAUCACUAAUCGCUCAGCACUACAUAAAUGUAGACAUGAUCUGUUUCAAUUCUUUAUUAUUGUACCAAGGAACAAAUCAGCAUCAAGUCAUCUACCAUCAUCAACAAGUAGCGGUUUGGAGCAAGGUCAGUUCCAUUUAAAUUCUGGAAGUAAACUGAUUCAAAUGUUUAUUUCAAUUCCGAAUCUAAUUUGAAAAGAAAGACAAAUUGGAAUGUCAGUGUAUUUCCUGAAUUGACUGAAUUGAAGUGGAAUUGACCCUAACCCUGGUUACCAAGGUAAAAAGCACAGUGGCCAUACUCAACCCAGCACAUGGUUUUCAGUGGGGUGGCAAAUCAUUUAUACUGGACGACACAAGAGGUUGGUGGCUCCUUAAUUGGAGAGGACAUGCUUAGCGAAACUAAGUGGAAUGGUAUCAAAUACAUCCAUUUGCUCUGUUUCGGCCAUUAUUAUGAGCUGUCCUCUUCUCCGCAACCUCCACUUUCAUCUAUUCCAUCUGAAAAGAGUUUGUUUUGUACAAUUCACCGAUCAGUUCAAAUCAAAUCUUAACCUUUUAGACUUGAGACAAAAGUUGAAUCUUGGCAAUAUUUUGCACUUGGACAUGUUAUUGUGCUAUAUUUUUGUAAAGAUAGUUUAGAUUUUAAAAAAGUAAGGAAAAAAAUGAAUGUUGCUAUUUUUGUAGAACGUAAUAACAAUGUUAUGUUAAAGACUGCCACUCUUCAUUCUGGAGUUUAAGUUAUGAUGUUUUAAAAGGUGAAGAAGGGAGUUACAUUCAUAUUCAUCGACCCCUUGGGGUUUGUGUGUAGGUGGGAGAGUACAAAUACUGAUUUAUAUAGAUUUUAAAGGUCGCAAUCAAUCAUAUAUAUAUAUACAGUACUAAAAACAAAGUUACAGAUAUGUCAAAAGAACAUAGAUAUUUCAAAUUAUUUAGAUUAUAAAACAUUAUUUCUACUAACGGGGUGACUGACACUGAGACUGUAUAGUACAUGUUGUGUACAGCGUUUGUACUCUAACAUGGUGAUGAAAAGUAAAAGCACUUCGCAAAUAAAUGAAUAAACAGUGCCCUUCAAGGAGCAAGCUGAGUAUCGUCUGAUUCCAGAUCUGUUUGUGUUGUUUUAUGGCAAUGACCAUAGGAGUUAGCAAUACACCACAAACAGAUCUGGAACCAGGCUACAAACUUGAGGCCAUUUCAGAUCAUCGUGUGAAGUUUACAGACUCCAUGAACUCCUAAAACCUCGACUUGUAGAUAUUCUGUCUCAUGACGCAUUUGUUUUCAUAUAUGUUUGUUUGUGUAUAACAGAGUAACUAUUAGCAGUGAUGUACAUUUAAAACACUCAGAGAAAGAAAGGAGAAAAAUGAAGAUUUCAGUUUUUGUAUUAUUCUUUUGCUUUGUAAAUAUUGGCUUUCGUUGAGCUAGAUUUAGAAAUUAAUUUAGCUUUAUGUUCCUUGCUUAAGCAUAUCCAAAAUAUAUUGUUUUUUAUUGCAAAAGAGUUUAUAUCUCUAAAAGAAACUUCACAAAAAUUUGUAUUUUAACGCUAAAUGCUGUGCUAUCAUGAAACCAUUCAAAGUUGUAUAGGCUCCAGGUACAGUAUUCGGGUUGAUGGGCGGUAGAGAUACAAUUUACUAGCUACAUAUAAAACAAAGGAACAUCAUAUGGGUAUACAUGGUGAUUGCAAUUAUAAAAGCAAAAUGUAGCAAUCAUAUUUUUGAAAUGAUCUGACUAAAACUGAAGAUAGUUGCUGUGUAACGGUAUAUUUUAUAGAAAUAAUUUCCAUGGUAAGAUGCCAAAGUCACCUUAUGAAAAUGAAAUGAUCAGAUCUCAUUUUUUUAAAAUGUCUGACGAGUUAAACAAAGUAAUAUAUUUUAAUAUAAAAAAAUCUAUUUACAAAUCAUUUUUAAAAACAACAGGGUAUUUACUAGAAUGAUACACAUUACACCGGUCAGUUUUUUUUAGGUACACCCAUCUAGUACCGGGUCAGACCUACCCUUUGCCUCCAAAACAGCCUGAAUUCUUCAGGGCAUGGAUUCUACAAGUCGGAAACGUUUCACAGGGAUGUUGGUCCAUGCUGACAUGAUGGCGUCACGCAGUUGCUGCAGAUUGGACUGCGGUACCCCACCGUCAACAGCCUGUACCGUUGACACCAGGCAGGAUGGGACCACGGACUCAUGUUGCUUACGGCAAAUCCUGACUCUGCCAUCAGCAUGACGCAACAGGAACCAGGAUUUGUCAGACCAGGCUAUGUUUUUGCACUCCUCAAUUAUCCAGUGUUGGUGAUCACGUGCUCACUAGAGCCACUUCUUGUUUUUAGUUGAUAGGAAUGGAACCCGGUGUGGUCGUUUACUGCAAUAGCAGUGAGUUGUCUGUUCCGAAAUUCUGUUCUACAUACCCCUGUUGUUCUGCGCCUUUUAUUUAUAUGAUUGUGGCCCGCCUGUUAGCUUGCACGGUUCUUGCUAUUCUCCUUCAACCUCUCUCAUCAAUGAGCUGUUUUCACCCACAGGACUGUUUCAACAUUUUCGGUAAACCCUAAACACUCUUGUGUGUGAAAAGCCCAGGAGGGUGUCCGUUUCUCAGAUACUGGAUCAGGUGUGCCUGGCACGACGAUCAUACCACACUCAAAGUUUCUUAGGUCACUAGUUUUGCCCAUUCUAACGUUCAAUCGAACAGUAACUGAAUGCCUGUCUACCUGCUUUAUAUAGCAAACCACGGCCACGUGACUCACUGUCUGUAGGAGCGAUCCAUUUUCGUGAAUGGGGUGGUAUACCUAAUUGACUGGCCGGUGAGUGUAUAUUGGCUGUCCCUUUUUCUUAUGUUUUUGUGUGAAAGCGUGGACAGACCACAACAUAACUUUUUUAGCGAAAAAAACAUCCCCAAGUUUUCUGAUUCCAUAUGACCCAUGUAUUUUUAUGGAAAUCUACAUGUCCUUUUCCACUGAAGUCCUGCCUGGAAUAUUGUAACCAUCUGAACUGUAUGCUCUUGUAACGACUUUGGUUAAUAAGAUAUGGGGCAUUGUUUUGUCUUACACAUAUUUUCAGCAUUAUGUGCUUAUUUGGGGGGAAAUGAAUACAAUUUCAUGGCACCAUUUUGCAAGUGGUGUGUGUGUGUGUGUGUGUGUGUGUGUGUGUGUGUGUGUGUGUGUGUGUGUGUGUGUGUGUGUGUGUGUGUGU